AUGCUUUAGAGGUAGAAGGAUUCUGGAAAUCAGCCAACUAACUACGUACCAGGUAGAGGAAGAGGUGCAGUUGGAUUUAUUACAAGAAGUGAUAUAGGACCUGCAAAGGUUGAUAUAGGGAUUGAGUAGGAUGACGAUCAAAAUGAUUAUAAUGAUGCAAAAUAUGAUGAGUGGAAUGGCUAUUCAAUUCCAUUGUUUAAUAUGGGGGAUUAUGAUGAUGAAGACAGAGAGGCUGAUCUUACAUAUAAUAGUGUGGACAGAAAGAUGGAGGAAAGAAGGCAGAAGAGAAUGCCGACAAAUUUGCCAGAAAAGCCAUCUAUAGUGAAUUAAUUCAGUGAUUUAAAAAGAGAAUUGGCAAAGGUGGGUAUCGAUGAAUGGUUAUCGAUUCCCGAUAUUGGAGACUAUUCAAUUAAGAAAAAGAAACAGGAUAAGAUCACUCCUGUUCCUGAUUCAGUGAUAAUGUCUGCCUAACUAUCGGAGAAGAAUUUAUAAACAAAAGCACACGACUUAAAUGAAAUAGGAGAAGCAAGAGGAGCUCUGCUGUCUUUGAAACUAGAUAAAAUCAGUGAUAAUGUUUCUGGAUAAAGUGUGGUGGAUAAACGAGGUUAUUUAACAAGUUUGGCUUCAUUGCCUCAUCUGAGUGAAAACGAGAUUGGAGAUUUCAAAAAGGCCAGAUUGUUAUUAAAGAGUGUUAUAUAGACAGAUCCUAAAAAUUCAUUUGGAUGGAUAGCAGCUGCUAGAAUUGAAGAAUUAGAUGGGAAGCUGGCUGCCGCUAGAUCCAUUUUGGCAUAGGGAUUAUAAUAAGCAGAAGAUCAGGAAGAUAUUUGGAUUGAGUUGUCAAGAUUGGAAACUCCAGAGAAGGCUAAAUUAAUACUCAAUAAGGCUAUUUAAACAUUACCACACAGUGUCAAGAUUUGGUUGAAUGCUGUUAAUAAAGAAUAGGAGACAGAAGCAAAGAUUAAAUUGUUGAAGAGAGCAUUAGAAUUUAUUCCUAAUAGUGUUGACAUAUGGAAGGAACUCGUGAGUCUAUCAAGUGAAUCAGAAGCAUUAGUGUUAUUGUAUAAGGCUGUGGAAUGCAUUCCAAAAAACUUAUCCCUUUGGUUGGCAUUGGCCAAGUUAGAAACCUACGAGAAUGCAAAAGCCAUUUUAAAUAGAGCAAGAUAGAAUCUCCCCCAAGAACCUACAAUUUGGAUAAAUGCAGCCAAGUUAGAGGAGAGUGCAGGCAAGAAUAAAUAAACGAUUGCAAUUGUUCUUUCUAAGGGGAUUAAGAUAUUAAAAAAGAAUUAAGUGAAGAUUGUUAAAGAGGAUUGGCUUUAAGAGGCUGAAAUUGCAGAGAAAUGCUCUAACGUUAAUACAUGUUAUGCAAUAGUUAAAGCAAUCACUCUAGAAGAAGAUAAGCAAAGUGAUAAUUCUUGGAAACAGGAUUUCACUUAAUUUGAAUAAAGAGCUUCAUUGCAUACAGCCAGAGCAAUAAUCGCAGUCGAAGCAGAACGAUAGAACAAUUUUGAAAUAUGGAAAGAAUACAUUGAAUUCGAAAGAAGACAUAAGGAUGAGGAUGCUCAAUACUUCGAUUAAGCAUUGGAAUUGGCAGUCACCAAUCUCCCUCAAAUUGAACAAUUUUGGAUUGAACUGAUUUUGAGGAAAUAAGAACUAUAGUAGAAUUACUUGGAAGUUUUUGAGAAAUCUCCUAAAUCAGAAAAUAUUUUAUUAACUUUGAGUAAACUUGAAAAACAACAAGGUAAUUAUGAGAAAGCAUACUAGUAUCUUUAAUACAUAUAAGACAACUUGAUACCCAGCGAUAAAACUUGGGUUAAGAUGUUUAAGUUGAUGCUUUUGAUGAAUAAAUAGAUUGAGUAAGCUGAGAAAAUAUUAACACAAUAUCCGUAAUCUGAUAAACUGUGGAUUCUAUGUGGAUAGGCUAAAAUCAAUUAAAAGGAUUAUUAGGGUGCUCGAUCGAUCUUUGAGGAAGCCAUUAAAAUUCUUAACAACUCAUUGAAUGUGUGGUUGACUUAUAUUAAAAUGGAAUGUUAAUAACAACUCUACACAAGAGCUAGGCCUUUGAUUGAUAGAGCAAGGGAAAAGAACCCAAAAAGUUCUCAACUCUGGGCUUAAGCAAUCAGAUUAGAAAUUGAUGCUAAGAAUCAUAAGGCAGCUUAGUUUUUACUAAGUAAGGCAUUGUAAUGUUGUUAAUUGGAUGGGGAGUUAUGGUCUCUUGCUAUUGAAUUGGAGCCAAAGACUACAAGGAAGAAGAAAUCAGCAGAUGCAGUGACAUUGUGUGUUGAUAACCCUUAUGUAUAUCUUUCAACUGCAAAGGUGUUCUUGAAUGAGGGUAAAAUUGAGAAGGCUAAAAGGUGGUUAGAAAAAGCUUUAAUCUUGGAACCAAGAUUGGGAGACGCUUGGGCCUAUCUGUACCUAAUAGAAAAGGAAAUCCUAUAACAAUGCAUUUCAAGAAGGCCAAAAUAUGGAAGGCUCUGGAAACAGGCAAAGGAAACAUUGAAUUAGAAAUACGAUAUUGAGAAGAUAUUGAUAGAGGCAAGUAAAUUAGCUCAAAAAGAUAUUGCGAAAUUAGAAUGA